ACUUAGUAAUGGGCACAGACUAUGAGGGGGCGGACGGGCAAGGCAACGAUAGGGUCGACGGGCAACUACAGCGGGCGUUUUGGCGGACAAAGAGUGCGUCGACGGGCAGAGAGGGUGUUGACGGACAGAGGCUGUGAGUGAUGUGACGGGCAAAGGCAGCAAGUGGAUCGACGGGCAGAAGCAAAGAGUGGGUCGACGGGCACCUACAGCGGUCGUUUUGGCAAGCAAAAUAGGUUGACGUGCAGACUAUGAGGAGGAGGACGGGCAACUAGGCGGACACCUUUGCGGAUAGAGACAGUGAAUGGGUCGACGGGCAUAAAAUGGGAACGCAGAAAGCUUAAAGAGUAGACGGGCAAAAAUUAACCGUUAACAGUUUGGCAGAAUUAAAUGGCGAAAAAAGCGUUAAAAAUACGCUAGCGCCACCUAUCUCCCGGCCCUGGACGGGCCCAAAGUUACUAGUCUAUUCAUAGAUAAACAAAGAAGGCGACUUUCACUUUUUUUUUUCUAAGUCUCUAGUGAUUGGAUAAUAAGCUACUGAUAUAAUAAGUACUUCUGUUAUUCGCGAUAGGUUGCGCACAAGAGGAAGACAUUUGCCAACCUAUUCCCAUAAAGUGAAACAUCUCUUUGAAAUGAACCGAAAAGGAUUGAGAAAUUCGACGCUUUGCAUAAAGAUGGUAAUAGAAAGCCACCAGCUUUUGCGUGCCUUGAGUUAAAUUGCAAAGUUUGACAAUGCCCGGCACCCCACACAUGCAAUUUUGAUUUCCGGCCUUCAGGAAUCAUACAGAAUUAAAUUCAAAAAACGACUGCCAAUAUAAAAUGAAACAGACAGUCGAAGAAAAUCAGUUGACGAGCUCAUCCUUUCGAGAACACAUCCACAAACAUGAACGUCUUCAUCUUCACGGUGUUAUGCUCGAUGACAUCAAUAGCGAUCGGUCAAGAUGACACAACUUGGCAGGAACCUGUUUCGGGACGUGAUUCAAAGGUCGAAUACGGUCCCGCACCUGUUAGGGCUCCACCUUCUGAACCCAUCGUUGUCACCAUUCCCACCACUGCCAAAGCCACUGCUACCGCAUAUUCUGCUGCCCUAGUUCAAUCUGCCUCAGCAGGGCCAGUCAAGUUCCCGGAGCAGACAUCAGCACCAAAGCCCUUAAUGCCUUACAGCUUUGAAUAUGGAGUGAAUGAUGACGCGAUCGGCUUGGACUUCGGACACAAGGAGAGCAGUGACGGUGCAAUCGUCACGGGGACGUAUUACGUUUUACUGCCCGACGGACGUAUGGAAACAGUCAAUUACAAAGCUGAUGGCAAUGGAUACGUGGCAGAAGUUUCCUAUGAAGGAGAGGCCAAAUAUGAAGCUGUCCAAACUCAGCAAUCGGGUGGAAUUAAAUCAGGUACUUCCGGACAGUUGCAAGCUUCGUCCAACUCCGGUGCUUUAUCAACACCUGGUUCAUCCAAUCUUCCUCCACCACCGCCUUUCAUCCCUAGUGGUGCACCUAAAGAACCUACACCGCCUUUCAUCCCUAGUGGUGCACCUAAAGAACCCACACCGCCAGCCACUGUUCCAGUAAAAGCUCCACAAGUAUCCGUUCCAGUUUGGCCGGCUGUUAAACCGUCGGUGAUCCCUAAGGCUCCUGUUGUUGGCCCUACUCCUUCUGUUGUUCCUGCCACUCCUGCUUUUGUUAAUGCCCCUCCUCCUGUUCCAGUGUAUGGUCCGGAUCCAGCUUCAAACUGGGCACCGGGUCCGUCUCAAUUAUCCCAAGCCCCGGCCGUUCAAAUUCCUGGAACUCCAUCGGGAUUCACUCGUUCACCAGUCCAUGCCAUAUCUUACGGUCAAGGUGCUCCUCCAUCUGCAAUUCCAGCGUAUCCGGUUGGACCAAUUCCGUUGACUCAGAGAAACACCCCUAAGCCGCCGUCUAAUCCCUAUUCCAUUUGAACAGUUUAACUUGGUAUGAGAGUAUACCAUUUAUGUCAACGUCAAGCCCUUUUCACAGAAACGGAAUAUGGAACCAUGCUUUUAAAUAAGAUUUAAAUAUAAAUAUAAAAUGACAA